AAUAUCGAUCAGGAAUGUAAAAGGCAUGAGCGGUUUGCAUAUUGCUUAAUAAUUCUUGUAAUUCAGCUGGUUCGUACAUAGAGUCAAGUUAUAUUUUAGUGAAAACUUUUGCAUAUAAUUUUUCAACCUAUAGUGUAUUAGUUAAGGGGGCUUAAUUACAUGGAUCAAAAGCGGCCAACCAUCGCCGGCGAUGAGGAGAUGGCGGCGGAGAAACCGUUAAAACCAGCACUCCAGAAACCACCGGGGUUCCGCGAUCAACAGAAUCCACCACCUGGAACAACAACAACGCCGCUUCCACGUCGCCGUCCGAGGCCUCCUAUCCAUCCGGCGUCACUCUACCCUGAUGAGAAGAAACGGCGCUGUAGUUUCUGCCGUGUUUUAUGCUGCUGCGUUUGUAUCUUCCUCGCCGUGAUUCUCCUCCUCAUCCUCGUCGCCGUCGCUGUUUUCUUCCUUUGGUACAGCCCGAAACUCCCCGUGGUCCGCCUCGCCUCUUUCAAAACCAGCAACUUCAACUUUUCCAGCGGGAAGUCCGACGACGGAUGGUCGUCUUUGACGGCGGAUGCAACAGCCGUGCUCGAUUUCAGAAACCCUAACGGAAAGCUAAGGUUUUACUACGGAGAUGCUGACGUGGCUGUGACCCUCGGCGAGAAAGACUUUGAGACUAACCUAGGGUCAACGAGAGUCAAAGGCUUCGUUGAGAAGCCAGGGAAUCGGACGGCUGUGAUUGUCCUGACGAGGGUGAGAAAACGACAGGUGGAUGAUCCGACGGCGAAGAGGCUACGGACAGAACUGAAGAGUAAGAAGCUGUUGGUGAAGGUGACGGCUAAGACUAAGGUUGGAUUGGCUGUGGGCAGUCGCAAGAUUGUUACUAUGGGAGUUAGUCUCAGAUGUGGAGGCGUUAGAUUACAGACGCUUGACUCGCAAAUGGCCAAGUGCACCAUCAAAUUGCUGAGAUGGAUCAAACUGCGGUCUUGAUGCAACGGUGUCUUUUUUGGCUGUGCCUCUCAAAUGCAUAAAACAAAUCAAAACCAUAGAGUUAUACCAGGAAUAUUUAUGGCCUUUUACAUUUAACUUGUCAAAUAUCUUAUGCAAACCAUUUUUAUUAUUGUGUAAUAUACAUCAACUUUUAUAUAUCCACUCAUGCAUGAUCAUUAUGAGUGGGUUGAGUUAUGUAUUUGACAUC